GUGGCGCAUGCGCUAGAGAGCGGAAGCGCAGUCUCGGCCCAUGCGCAGCCUGGGACCUCCCAGCAGCCUCUAAGAGCAAGAUGGCGCCGCGGGAAUCUUUUUACCAGGCAGUCUGAGCGAACGCCAGGUGACUGUGUCCGCCGCUGCGUUCCAGCUCCGCGAGAAAGCAGAGGCUGAGCCCCGAAGGAUGGCCACUGUGGUGGCCAAGCGGGAAGGGCCGCCGUUCAUCAGCGAGGCAGCUGUGCGGGGUAACGCCGCGGUCCUGGAUUACUGCCGGACCUCUGUGUCAGCGUUGUCGGGGGCCACGGCCGGUAUCCUCGGCCUCACCGGCCUCUACGGCUUCAUCUUUUACCUGCUUGCCUCCAUCCUGCUCUCCCUGCUCUUAAUUCUCAAGGCGGGAAGGAGGUGGAACAAAUAUUUUAAAUCACGAAGACCUCUCUUUACAGGAGGUCUCAUCGGAGGCCUCUUCACCUACGUCCUGUUCUGGACAUUCCUCUAUGGCAUGGUGCACGUCUACUGAAAUGGGGACAGGGAUGACUUUUUUAAAAAAACAGAUUGGGAAGACUUGCCAGAAAUUAACAACGUGUAGACUUACUUAGUUUUUAAAUUGUUGAAUUCGCUGCUUGUUCUGUAACGUUAUCAAUAACUUAUAUACGAAGACGAAGAGCCUGUAAUUUUCUUCAGAUUAAAUGAAGCGUGAGACAAUUUAUAGAGUUUUUUCCUACCUUAACGCAUACUCCCUGUCUGUCGUGGGUGCAGAAUCGCCAAGUUUUGACUGCCGAAGAGCUGGGACUGAGCCUUACUUAGCUUUCUGCAAUUUCCUUGCAUAUUUACACUAGGACCUAAAUAAGGAGAGAAUUUAUGGUUAACAGCCUAAGAAUUAAUAACAGUUAAUAUUAAGUAAGCCCUAUAUGCCAGGCAUUGUGCCUUGACCUUUUACACCCAUUAUCAUUUAAUUCUAGCAAUAUUCUUCUGGAGUAGAUGUGAUUAUUGUCCCCUAUUGAUGAACCUAAGGCUGCAGAAGAGGCACAGCUUGGAAAAGGCAGAGCCAGGAUUCAAAUGCAGGUCUCUUUAAUUGCUCUUGCUUUAUUAGCUGAGUGUACUUAUUCAGAGCCCAGCCUUCCACUAACCACCGCUUUAGGUAUGAAUGGGGGUGUUUCAGUUUCAUUUCACCUAGUUAAAACUAGCUUUCAUUUCCACUUAAAAAUAAAUUCAAGCUCUUUUCUAGAAUAUGUCUAAUAAAAAACAGACAGCAUUUUAAGCUAAACUUUGGGCUUGUCUAGAAUGUAAAUGCCUUUGUCUAUAUGCUACCCGAUGAUCCGUCGUCAAGAGGAUUAUCUUACAAUAAAAUGCAUAUUUUAAUUGAGAAAUAAAUAUUGCAUUAGUUAUAGUAAUGAACAUGUUGCUUAUGUAGUUUGUAGUCUAACUGGGAACACCAGCAUUAUCUAAUUUAAUAAAUGUUUAAAAUAUGCUAAAUGCCAUGAAGAGAGUACAUAGGAACCCCUAACUGAACCUAGGUUGCAAGAUUGGGGUCAAGAAAGAUUUCUUUGAGGAAAUAACAUUGGAGACCCAGAGGUUGAUUAACAGCUAAGAAAAGUGUUUAGAAGAGGGAACUUGCAAGAAGGCACAUGUGUGAGGGCCAGUAGGCAGAAAAGAGUUUGGCUUAUAUCUGGAGAAUUAGAGAAGAGGCCAUGAGGUAGACCUGGACCAGAUUGUAGAAGGCCACAUCAGAGAGUUUGACCUUCAUUCUAAGAGCAACUGGGGAAAGCCCUUGGAAGUUUUAGUCAGGAGUAAUGUGAUCAGAUUUGGAUUUUUUUAUUUUUAAAAGAAUCUUUUAGAUCAGAAGGGGAUCUGAAAGCUCGAAUCCAAGCCCACUUUUACAGACAGUAGGUGGCCCAUGACUAAUAACGGAAAAGGAUCUGGGAUCCAGGGCUCUUGAAUCCAUUUUGGGAUGUUAGACUAAAUGCUGGAACACACCCAAGAAGCAGCUGAGGCCACACCUUUGCCUUCCUCUCCCAGUGACCCUUUGAACACCUCUGACCACAACUGAAGAUGCUCACAUUCAUGGUUUUGCACCUUCUCUCUCAACCUCCCCCAGUCAUCUCUCAUGGCCUUCUCUGAGUGGUAAGGGAGGGUCCAUUCCUGGUGUGGACUAAGGAGGAAGAAACAGUAGGUCCUACUUGGUGUGGGGGUGGGGUGGGGAUAAGUGAGCUAAUUUACUUAACCAUUCCUCUGUUGAUAGGCAGUAAGAUUGUUUGAAAUAUUCACUUUUAUAAAAAAUAUUGCAAUGACUGUCUUCAUGUCUGUAUUAUUUUGAGGGAAUUUAUAUGCUAGACCAGAAGAUUAAAAAUUUAAUUCCAAA